AAAUAGUUUGUCUACAGCGCUUCAUGCGCAUAAACACGCAUAUCCGUAAAAGUUUAAAUAAGAAAACCUAAGUUAAUAAUAAUGGCACAGUGCUACGAAAAAACAACAGCAACAAUGUCCUCGCGUUUUAGCGGUAACAGCUCCAGACAAACGAUGCCGGCGUCGUCGUCUUCAUCAUCAUCACUACCAGCAGCAGCCGCCGCCGCAGCAACAACAACCACAUCAACAGCUACAGCAGUCGUGACAGCAGCUACCACCAAUCAACAGCAACGACAGCUGAGCCACAACAAUAACAACAACAAUACAAAAUUAAUUUACUUUGCAGCAAACAACAACAGCAACAACAACGAUAAGGAUUACAUAGAGGAGGACACACUAGGCACAUUACCCAACAAAACAACAACAAGCAUACUAAUUCCCAAUAUAGUCCAGAAAAAGUUGCCUUCUGUACCCAUACCUAUAUCCUCAAGCUCUGCUUCCACUUCUUUUCCCACUGUCACUGCUGUUUCUACACAGCUACAGCUUUCCACAUCCGCGCCCAGCAGCGCUGCCCAACUGUUGUGCGACUGUUGUUGCAACUGCAACACAAAUACUGCACAACAACAACGCCGACGCCAAUUAGUGUUGGCCAAGCAACUGGUGCGCUCUGUUACCGCCACUAGCAUCAUGGACAUGCCCUAUAACACUUCGCCGUCGCUACGCGUGCGCACCACCUCACUGAAUCAGCUAAAGAAAACCGCCGAUUUGGCCAUAGAGAAUGAACUGCACGUCUGUCCAUCCGUAAUGUCCGAGGAGCUGCGCAAACUGCUGCCACCAACAUCGGAAACGGUCAUGACCAAACCAUUUCCCAUUCGCGGUGAACGGACCAUUGCCGACUGCACCACUCCGCAUGUCAUAGCCAUGGUGGGUUUGCCAGCACGUGGCAAAACCUUCAUAUCCAAGAAGCUGGCACGUUAUCUCAACUGGAUAGGCAUUGCCACGCGUGUAUUCAACUUAGGCGAGUAUCGCAGACAUGCCACCACCGCCUACAAGUCGCAUGAGUUCUUUCGCGCCGACAACGAGGAAGCCAUGGCCAUACGCAAUCGAUGCGCCAAUCAGGCGCUCCACGACUCCUGCGAGUGGCUGCUCAGCGGUCUGGGCAGCAUUGCUGUCUUCGAUGCCACAAACUCGACGCAUGAACGACGUCAGCUAAUCUACGAUAUUGUGGUCAAGCAGCAUGGCUUUCGAUUAUUCUUCGUCGAAUCGAUAUGCGAUGAUCCGAUGAUUAUAGAGCAGAAUAUACUGGAGGUAAAGGUCAGCUCACCAGACUACAUCAACAUGAACACGGAACUGGUGGUGCGUGAUUUUUUGCAACGCAUCGAGCACUAUGAGGAGCGCUAUCAGCCCAUAGACGAAGUAGCCGAGUCGCAUCUGAGCUUCAUGAAGGUCUACAAUGCCGGCAAGAAGGUCGUGGUCUAUAAUAAUGAAGGUCAUGUGGAGUCGCGCAUUGUUUACUAUCUGAUGAAUAUACAUAUAACACCACGCACCAUUUAUCUCACCCGACAUGGCGAGAGCGAGCACAACUUGAGCGGUCUUAUUGGUGGUGAUUCGAAUCUGAGCACGCGUGGUCAUCAGUAUGCCAAGGCAUUGUCCUCGUUUAUUGCUCAGCAGCAGAUUGACGGACUGCGUGUUUGGACUUCGUGGAUGAAACGUGCCAUACAAACUGUGGCGGAUGUGAAGGCGCCUCAGGAGCGCUGGAAGGCUUUGAAUGAAAUCGAUGCGGGUCACUGCGAGGAAAUGACAUAUGAGCAAAUUAAGGAACGAUUCCCGGAAGAGUUCAAGGCACGCGAUGUGAACAAGUUUGCCUACCGCUAUCCACGCGGCGAAAGCUACGAGGAUUUGGUAGCACGCCUUGAGCCUGUCAUUAUGGAGCUGGAGCGUCAAGGCAAUGUGCUUGUCGUUUCACAUCAGGCUGUGCUGCGUUGCCUCUUUGCAUACUUCUUGGACAAAUCAGCGGAUGAGCUGCCCUAUUUAUAUGUUCCAUUGCAUACGGUUAUAAAGCUGACGCCCGUUGCUUAUGGCUGCAAGGUGGAGCAUAUAAAGCUCCCCAUCGAUGCUGUGGACACGCAUCGACCAAAGCCCAAAAUACCUGGUGAUGUUAGCGAGCCGGGCUUGGAUGGUCUUAGCGGUGAGCUGGUGGCGCCCGAUGGUGUCGGCAAGGUGCUCAUUGUGGGCGAUGAUGUGGCAACGGCAACAUCCACAAACGGCAAUGGCGGCGUUCGUGGGGAGACGCAAUGACAUUGCUGCAUGCGACCUAAAAAAAUAGCUAACAAAUAUCAAACAUUGUAAAGGCAACUGUUACUGUCUCCUAUUAAACACCCCACCACCAGCACAAGCUCUUCUGUCUCCAAUACCACCAACUAGCCAGCCAACUAACCAAUCAACCAACAAACCAAUCAAUCAGCCGCCUGCUUGUGUUCUCCUCAACACAUCAUCAAUAAAAGAAUUGCACACAGAUCAGCUUUUUGUCAUGUUAACUUAUGACUUAUAACUUGCAUAUGAUGUAGUUUUAACAGUUGCUGUUGUCGCACGCUUUACUUUACAUUUUCUGUAACAUUACUUGUGUACAACUAUUUUUUGAUUAAAAACAAAACAAAAAAACACUUAAACUAUACUGAAUGGUGAUUCACUUUCAAUGUACUUUACAAUUUACAAAACAUUAAAUGAAUAUACAUACAUACAUAUAUACGAGCGUCAAAAUGAUUCAAAUUUUCAAAUGUGAGCGUAGCAACUAAGCCAAAAUGUAACUCCUUUAUACUUAAUUUAACAUGUAUGUAUGUUCUAUGUAUAUGUACAUACAAAUAUUUAAAAGUCUCUCAACUAAAAGUGUUU